GAAUAUGCACUUGCAUUUUUUAGGAAAGGAAAAAAUGUGGAAACUAGUACUCUGUGUUGCUUUUAUAAAUUCUCUGAAGACUGAUGAUCUUUUUGUUCAACGAAAAGCAAUUGGGUCGUUGGCCCCUAACACAGCUCCCUUUAUUAAAUCAGUUGACACCUUUACGAAUGAAUAUCAAGCUGAUUGGUACUGUCAUCAACGCAAUGCAGUUUGCGUAAAUACUUGUCGUGAAUGUAAAUGCAAUAACUUCACCACUUUUUUUUCAUUCAAUGAAGGUUGCAAGACAUAUGAGGAGGUACACACACUUCUAAAUGGUAGCAAGUGUUUUGAUUACCUUGCUAAAACAUGGAAUUUUACAAGAUACAUUCCAUCAAUGGGUAACAGCACGAGUGAAUGUGGUAGCUUUCAUGCUUUUAAGGGCACUGAUGAAGUUGAAACGUGCAACAUUCGACAGGGCGAUUCAUAUGCAGUCGAUCUAGUGAGUGGAAAACAACGUAUAAAUGCAACAAGUUAUUAUACCAUUGAAUCACCAUAUGGAUUCUCUUCAUGUUUAGAGUGUCAACAGGGAAAAAAUUGUGGUAUAAAUUAUCUAGCUGGUUCUUUGAUCUACCUGGCAUUGGAUUGUAGAUUGCUUAAGAAUAGAGAAUAUUCCAGUCGGUGUUUUAUUUUUAAAUUAUCUGGCAAAAAUGUUAUUGAAGGGGCUGGAAGAAAAACAACUUUUCAACCAACAUCUGCGGCAACUGCGGCAACUACGAGACACACUACGGUGUUUGUACCACAACAAGAGAAAGAAAAUAAUAAAAAAAUCAUCAUUGGAGUUGUUGUUGUUGUUGUUAUUGUUGUUAUUAUUGUGUUGCUAAUUGUUAUUGUUUAUCUUAUUCGACGACGGCGUAAACAACCAAGAACAACACAAGCAAAGCAGCUAAAAGAAGCUGAUGAACACAUAUACGCCGAGACUGGAAAUCCUACUUAUGAAGAAACCAACAUAAAACCAGCUGAUGUACCUUCUAGUAAACAGAACGUGUAUGCAUAUGCAAGUCUUGAUCAUGGUAAACCUGCAUCCACAAACAAAGAAGCUACAAGCAUCUACUACAAGCCUUCUACAGACGUUGUUACUGGCAUGCCAAAUAGAGAAAGCGAAAAUAAUUUAUAUACUACGGACCAACAGCCCCCCGAACACAUCUAUGACCAGUACGAUGUUGCGCAAGUGAAACAAGAUCAAGCGAAAAAAUCGGAAUAUGCAACUGUAUAUUGUGAAAAUGAUCAAAAGAAUGAAAUUGAAACACCUCUACUUGAUAAAGAUGCUGGCAAGGCAGACACUAAUAAACGCUUAGGUUAUGAUGAAGUUGGUUCCAUCAUAAAUUCUGACGAAAAGUAGAAAGCGUAAAUGCAUGGUUCCUUUUAUGUUUUUCUUAUUUAUUAAUGUUAACUUAUUUUACUGUCUGAUUUUGCCGACAAUGUUGUUGUUUUUAUUUAGUGUUAUUUAUUUGUUGUUUUUUAAUGCACUGUUUUAUUUUGUUUAUGUUUAAUUUUUAUUUAUUUUUGUGUAAUGAUUUUGUAGUUGAAGCUGUUUUUUUAUAUGAACUUUUUAUUCAUUUUUAUUGCAUUAACUUUUUGACCGAAACAGACAGAUACCAUAGUAAUAAAAUUAUUUUUCCAGGUGUAACCAUAUUUUGUACUUUUUAUAGUCUAUAUUUUCAUAUGUUAGCUAUAUUUAAUUUUUGUACUCUAUAAUUAUUUUAAUGCGAAUACUUUCUUCAUUUUUUAUUUAGA